AGUCCCGUAUCCAUUUCAAGUGUUUCAUGGUAUACAUAAAAAGUCCAGCAGUUCAGCACUAAUCAGCAGGCUAGCAUUCACUAUUGUCAUCUUCUUUAAUUAUAACUUAUUUUCUUAUUACUUAUCUCGCGUAAACCUCGGCUGGUCGGACCCUGGAUGACGUCGUGUCUGGUGGACGUCCCAUCGGCCAUCAAUAGUCAUCACGACAGCUUCGGAUUAGGAAAACGCUGAUAAGUGACAUUCAUCAAAAUAACAUCGAAAACCGAAUAAAGAUUGUAUUAGUGACUUCCAGUUCGAAACAAUGACUGACGUUUAAAAACGGUAACCGUACACUAAAACGAAAACUUCUCGUUGACUGUGAGUGUGUGCAUCUCAUGAUGGUGGACGAGCAAAAAGAACUUGAGGAUAGAGAGAUCAUCGUAAAUGAAGUCGAUGGAUUACCCAGUUUACUCGAUGAAAAAAAUGAUUUAUACAAAGCCGUGACCUCUGAACAAUCAUCGUUGGAUGAUCUAAAUGAUGAAGAUUUGCCCACAUCGUUAAUUGUAACAAAUGUCGACCCUGCAAUUUUUAAGGACGACGAUCUUAAGAAAGAAAUGGAAAUGCUGUUUGGUCGGUUUGGAGAAAUAAUUUCUGUUCAAUAUUUCCGUAGCUUCAAGCGCUUAAGGGUUAACUAUGGCACUUCAGUAUCUGCUGCCACUGCCAGAAUCCAGAUGCAUCAAAUAAGGUUCUAUGACACAAUAAUCAAUUGUUACUUUGCACAGCCUGUUACACCAAUUGAUGCGGCAGAUCAACAUUUACAAUUACCGGCUCCAGUAAAACAGUUUUUAAUAUCACCUCCACCAUCACCACCAGAAGGUUGGGUACCUAGAGCUGAAGGCGAGCCUCUCAUAAAUUAUGAUUUACUAGCUGCUAUAGCAAGCCUCACGCCUGGUCAACCCCAUGAAAUCCAUGCUGCAACCGAUACUUUACCAGGCAUUGUUUUACAUGUGGCUGAAGGCCAUGAGAAUAUCAAAACAUCAGUUUCUACAAUUCCUCAUACAAGGCUACCAGAAAAAUAAAAUGGUUUUUUUAAAUGUGUUAUUUUCUUAUUAGAUAUCUAUGUAUUUUUAAUGAUAUUUUCAACUUUGUGUAUUUUAUUUGAUAUUUUAAAUACUUAUCAUUAUAAUUAAUCUAAACAUUUUAAAUAUUUUUUGUAGUGUUUAUUAGGAUACAUUAUUUAACAUGUUUUUCUCAAAAUGGUUGUACUUUUGACAAAAUCUCUAAUCAUUCUAGUAUUUAUUUCCUUUAAGACUGUCAUUAAAAUUACUUAACAUAAAUUUUAAGUUUUUAAUACAUUCAUAGCGUGUAAAAUAUGAAUAAUAAUAAAAAUGUGUAAGUAUA